CUAUAGUUCUGUGUUGAGACUUGAGAGCAGACCUUUGAAACGCUACAAUUUGCUUACAAGUUGUUAACCAAAUUAAUUCAUGGCUGAGCAAGGUUGGAGUAGACCUGCAGGUGCCCCUGCAAAAAUUUAUGCUAGGGAAAAUGGCGUGGUGAUCCGCGACGUCACCCCGGAUUUAGACAAUUUCGUCAUUGAAUUCAUGUUAGAAUAUUUCGCUCGGGACGAACCGUUGAACCGCAGUGUUCAACUCACUGAGGACCCAGACUCCCUUGCCGAUUUGAUCACUAUUUGGAAUGAUGUCCUGCCCCGAAGAGUGUCUCUCGUAGCUCUGGCCGAAGGCUCUCCAGGCUCAAAUCUUGAACCAGUCAGUCUUUCGAAUCCGCCAACAAUAAUGGGUGCAAACGUCCUGACCGUGAACUGUAAAAGUGACAAAAAAUCUACAUUCCUUUCACAAUUCAGCGGAGCAGCUUUCAAAAAAGUCGGCAGUCUGUUAAGUCAGAUAAGCUCUUUGGAAAACAUUUUUGAAAGAUACGGCGUCGACCACUAUCUUGACGCAGUGGGGCUUUCUGUGGCGCCGAUUUCGCGCGGAAAAGGAAUCGGUUUGAUGCUGUUGAAAGCCAGAAUUGACCUGUGCCGCGAUUUGAAAAUUCCUUUGACCAAAACCAUUUUCACGGCCAUCCAGUCGCAAAAAUUGGCAGCCAAAGUUGGAUUUGAAGUUCUGCAGGACAAGGAUUAUGAUGAAUUUAAGGGACCAGACGGCAAAGUGCUCUUCCCAGAUAUGGCGCCCACCAAGUCAAUUCAACUCUCAGUCAGAACUAUUCCUUGAAAUGAAACUGUUUCAAAUAAAGUUGUGUUUCGAAUCACUAGAAAUAUAAAAAAAAAAAUGA